UGCAUCUCCGGGACCGUUAUCUCCUGCGAGAACGCCGUGGUGGUGGUGGUCAUCUUCUACACCCCGGCUUUCCGGGCUCCUAUGUUCCUCCUCAUCGGCAGCUUGGCCACGGCCGAUCUCCUGGCCGGAAAAAAACAUUUUGCCUUUGUCUACUUCAUCCCGUCGGAGGCGGUCAGCCUGCUCACGGGGGGGCUCCUGGUCACCUCCUUCACGGCCAGCGUCAGCAGCUUGCUGACCAUCACCAUCGACCGCUACCUGUCCCUCUACAACGCCCUGACCUACUACUCGGAGAAGACGGUCACCAGGACUUACAUCAUGUUGAUCCUCACCUGGGGAACCUCCAUCUGCUACGGGCUCCUGCCCAUCACGGGCUGGAACUGCCUGAAGGAGCCUUCCGCCUGCGGCAUCAUCAAGCCCCUGAUGAAGAACCACCUCAUCAUCCUCUCCGUCUCCUUCUUCACGAUCUUUGCGGUGAUGCUCCAGCUCUACGUACAGAUCUGUAAGAUCGUGUGCCGGCACUCCCACCAAAUCGCCUUCCAGAGACAUUUCCUGACCAGUUCCCACUACGUCACCACCCGAAAAGGCAUCGCCACCUUGGCCGUCAUCCUGGGCACCUUCGCGUCGUGCUGGCUGUCUGGCUGCCGGCCCUUCGCCGUUUACUGUCGCCUGGGGGAUCACAGCUACCCGGCCCUCUACACCUACGUCACCCUCCUCCCCGCCACCUACAACUCCAUGAUCAACCCCCUCAUUUACGCCUUCAGGAACCAGGAGAUCCAGAAAGUGCUCUGGACCGGGUGCUGCGGGUGCUGCUCCUCC